AUGCUUUCAUCCCUCGUCUCCGGUAAUCUCCGCCUUGGCCUCUCCUUGUUUACAAGCCUCUUCAACAGCCCAUCCUCAAGUCUUUUUGAUUAUCAGGAAGCCAACAAUUAUGGCGCCGUGAAAGACUUUGAUGCAGAGGGCAAGUGUGAAGCGCGCGUCUUUUCACUAUGGCUCAACUCGAUUGGUGUCAAGCCAGCAAUAUUCAACUUAUUUGAAAACUUACGUGGUGGCUCGACUCACUAUUUCCAAGCACUUGAUAAGAUAUUACCUGGUUUUGCAGUAUGGCGCUGUGUUUCGCAAAAGCGGUCCACAAACCACGCGCCCGACGAUGUUUGA